AUGGCGCUGCAGCCCGAGGAGCUGGACCUGAGCUUCCUGACGGAGGAGGAGCGCGGCUGCAUCGCCCGCGUCCUGCAGCGGGACUGGCAGCUCCGCCGGCGGGAGGAGGGCCGCGUCAGCAAACUCCGCAAGUCGGUGUCGGACCCGGCGCGGCUGCGGAGCCUCACCGGGGACUGGUUCAGCGACGCCCGCGCCCAGCGCCACCAGCACCCGCUGGGCUCCGACCUGGUGCGGGCCUCCAUCCGCCGCAGGAGGCGGCCCCGGGGAACGGGGGAGCUGGAGCGCGGCCCCAGCCUGGAGGCCAUCGAUGAGCCGCUGGCAGAGGACAGGGAGGAUGAGGAUGGUGCCUUGGAGACGGACGCGAGUUCCCCCCCCAAGGAGGUGCAGGAGGCCCCGGAGCCCCAGCCCAGCCCCCCCGGCCCGGCUGUGGAGGGGAGCCGGGGGUCACAGCCCGUGCUGCAGGGUGACAGCCCCCCGAGGGAGCAGGACAGCCCAGGUGACACGGGGGGUCCCUCCCUGGGCCCGAGCAGCACCGAGGAGGAGGAGGAGGAGGAGGAAGAGCCAGACUCAGCACAGAGCAGCCACAGCGCUGGGCAGAGACCAGAGACCCCCCCAGAUCAGACGGAUCAGACGCCCCCAGACCCACUGGCCCCACAGAACGGCCACACGCCCCCGAGGCUGCUGAGCAGCUGCUCCUCUGUGUCCAGCCUCAGCUCCUCCACGCUGAGCGGGAGCCUGAUGAGCCUGUACAGCGAGGGGGAGCUGGGCCGGGUGCCCGUGCGGGGCUGCGUGCAGUUCUCCCUGCGCUACCAGGCGGCCGAGAAGGAGCUGCAGGUGCACGUCCUGCGCUGCCGCCAGCUGGCCGAGGCCAAGAAGCAGCGCUCGGACCCGUACAUCAAGACCUACCUGCUGCCCGACAAGUCCAACCGCAGCAAGCGCAAGACCGCCGUGAGGAAGAGGAGCUUGGACCCCGUCUUCAACGAGACCCUCAAGUACAAGCUGGAGAAGAGGGACCUGCAGGGCCGGACCCUGAACCUGUCCGUGUGGCACCACGACAGCCUGGGCAGGAACCUCUUCCUGGGCGAGGUGGAGGUGGCGCUGGGCACCUGGGACUGGGCCAACACGCGGCCCGAGUGGUUCAGCCUGCAGCCACGGAUGCCCAUCCCCUCGGACGGGCUGGCCAGCCGUGGCAGCCUCAACCUGGCACUCAAGUUCAUCCCUGCUGGCUCGGAAGGAGCGGGGAUGCCGCCCACGGGCGAGCUGCACAUCUGGGUGAAGGAUGCUCAGGGCCUCAUCCCGCUGCAGAGCGGCACCGUGGACGCCUUCGUGCAAUGCUACGUGCUGCCCGACGACAGCAAGGCCAGCCGGCAGAAGACGCGGGUGGUGAAGCGCAGCCUGAACCCCCUCUUCAACCACACCAUGGUGUACGACGGCUUCCAGGCCAGGGACCUGGCCGAGGCCUGCGCCGAGUUCACCCUCUGGCACCACGAGGCCUUCUCCAAACGGCAGCUGGGCGGCAUCCGCCUCAGCCUGGGCACCGGCAGCAGCUACGGGCUGCCCGUGGGCUGGAUGGACUCCACGGCCGAGGAGCAGAGCGUGUGGCAGCAGCUGCUGCAGCAGCCCCGGCGCUGGGUGGAGGCGCUGCUGCCCCUGCGCACCGACCUGGUGCCCCGCGGGUAGCCCCCAGACCCACGGAGCGCCGGGGCCGUGGGACUGUGGGGUCCGGGCGGGCUGGGGUCUGUGCCCUCCCUCAGCAGCAAUGAAGGGGCACCAGAGGGCACAGCUGGCGGCUGUUCGUUGCUGUGGGCAC